UGAAAAUAGUUCCGAGUUGUCCGGCAAAUUCAUCAGCAUGCUCGGGAAACAGUUCCAGAGCUCGGCCAUUUCUCAAUGCCGUGUCUGCUGGCGGCUCUACCAAGCGACCCCUGGCCAAAUGCAGACGCGCCAGUUCCGGGUGGCAGUGAUUGGGGCGGUCGGAGGCAUUGGCCAGCCACUGUCGCUUCUGCUGAUGGCCAACAAGCUGGUGACCGAGCUGGUCCUGCAUGACCUCACGGCUACCAAGGGCUUCGGGCAGGAUCUGUCGCACAUCGACAGGGCGUGCCAGGUGAAGUCGUUCUUCGGAGAGGACCAGAUGGAGUCGGCCAUAAAGGGUGCUGACAUCGUGAUGAUUACCGCGGGAAUGCCGCGAAAGCCGGGCCAGACCAGGGACUUCCUGUUCGACACCAACGCCCCGAUAGUGGCAAAGGCCGCCGGCCUGGUGUCCCAGCACGCGGCCCACGCGCUUGUGGGGAUCAUCACUAAUCCGGUGAACGCCGUGGUGGCUGUUGCGGCGGAGGCGAUGAAGAAGGCUGGCUACUACGACCCCGAGCGGCUCUUCGGAGUGACCACACUGGAUGUAGUGCGGGCCGAGAAGUUUAUUGGGGACCACAUGAGCAUCCAUCCAGGGAAGGUUCGGAUACCAGUGAUCGGAGGCCACGCCGGCACCACUAUCGUUCCCAUCUUCUCCCAGUGCCAGCCGCCAUUCGAGGGAGACGAGAAGUGCAUCGCGUCGAUCGUCAAACGCAUCCAGACAGGCGGCGAUGAGGUGGUUAAGGCCAAGGCUGGACAGGGCUCCGCCACCCUCUCGAUGGCCUACGCGGCUGCCCGUUUCACCAACGCUUUAAUGUUAGGUCUCAAGGGCGAGCCGGGGCCGCCCGAGUGCGCAUACGUGCAGUCCGACGCCACCGAAGCCCCGUUCUUCUCCACUCCACUCACCCUCGGUCCCAAGGGCAUUGAGGAAAACCAUGGCCUGCCAGAGCUGGAUGAAUGCGAGAAGGAGCAGCUGAAGGUAGCCGUCGACGCGUUGAAGAAGUCCGCCGCCAAGGGCGUGAAGUUCAUGGAAUAA